CUGUCGUUGAACUGUCCACGACUUCCUGAUCCAGCUUAUGCCUACAACGAGACCUUCGUUCGCUAUUACAUCACUCCUCUCGUUGCUGGUGUUUUCCCUUCGACUCCGGAAAAGUGCUUGAAAUCGCAGCUUCCCUAUGUGGCUUUCUACAAAACUGUCGACGUGAAAUGCGCAAUUGAGAUGCCAGAUACAUACUGCCAUUGCUAUACAGCUUGGGAUAGAUCAGAGAAAGCCAUCAUUAUUGCUUUCCGAGGAACAGACGGCAGUUACCAAAUGGAUGAUGAGAUUUUGAGUUUCUUUGAACACCGAGUGCCCUUUUUCGAUAACGGCCAUCUAUUCAAAUAUUUCCACGAUGCGUUCUUCUUCCUGUGGAAUGGUGGCCUUGAGCAACAAGUGCGCACACUCAAGUUUCAAUAUCCUGAUUACCAAUUCUAUGUAACUGGUCACUCGCUGGGUGCGUCGAUCGCUUCCAUCUGUGCCUCAUACCUAGUUAAGUGGAAUAUGACUACGCCAGAAAAUCUACGACUGGUCACAUUUGGCCAGCCUCGAACCGGCGACUACGACUUCGCCACAUGGCAUGAGGCUACGUUUCCAUACGCCUAUCGUAUUAUUCACCACCGCGAUCCUGUACCGCACAUCCCACCGAGGCUUGGACGUGACCAAGUGUUCCAUCAUCGAUUCGAAGUUUGGUAUGACAACGACAUGGCCGUUGGACAACCCUACACAAUCUGUAAAGAAUCAGAUGGUGACUACUGCAGUAACACUGUAAUCAGUCCAAUUUGGAAUGAUCACGACUUCGUACAUUAA